AGUCAUCAAGUUUACAGGUUCCUCAAAAAGAAAAAGGGGGGGGAGAAAGUGCGCGCAAGAGAAAAGUUUGGUCAUGGUAGAGAAUGAGUGAUCAAAGCUGAGCCAAAGCUUCCUGUUACACCAGGACUAUAUAUAUAUCGUGUCUUUAAUGUUGGGGGAUGUAAGCAGGCUGCUAGGAGACUGGAGAGGGAGCUGACUCUCUGCCUGAUUUCCCAGCUCGCUGAGGUUUCUUCCACCGACCACAAUGAACAAGUUCCUGUGCUGCACACUUGUGCUCUUGGACAUUUCUAUUAAGUGGACCAUCCAGGAUGACUCUCCCCGCAAGUAUCCCCAUUAUGACCCAGAGACAUCCCGUCAGCUGCUGUGUGACCAGUGCCCUCCUGGGAGCUACGUGAAGCAGCACUGCACAUCCACCAGCCCGACUCAGUGUGCCCCAUGCCCGGAUCAGUACUACGCCGAGGAGUGGAACAGCAAUGACGAGUGCCAGUACUGCAGCACCAUCUGCAAAGAGCUGCAGUACGUCAAGCAGGAGUGCACCAGCACGCAGAACCGCCUCUGCCAGUGCAUCGAAGGCAGAUACUUGGAGGUGGAGUUUUGUCUGAAGCACACGGAGUGCCCUCCCGGAUUCGGCGUCACACAGCCAGGUACCCCUGAGAGUGACACUGUAUGUACAAGAUGUCCAGAAGGAUUUUUCUCGAAUGAAACAUCAUCCACAGCAGCCUGUCUAAAGCACACAAACUGCAGUGCAUUGGGUUUCAAAAUAACAUUGAAGGGAAAUGCAGUUCGUGACAACAUCUGUCAGGAAAAUAUAGAUACGACACCUCAAAAAUGUGGAAUAGAUGUAACCCUGUGCGAGGAGGCUUUUUUUAGGUUUGCUGUCCCUACUUAUCUCACACCUAACUGGCUGAACAUACUAGCAGACAGUUUGCCUGGGUUAAAGCUUAGCACAGAAAAUAUCGAAAGGAUUAAACAAAGGCACAGUUCUCAAGAGCAGACCUUCCAGGUUUUGAAGUUAUGGAAGCAGCAAAACAAAGAACAGGAUAUGGUCAAGAAGAUUAUUCAAGAUAUCGAUAUUUGCGAAAAGAGUGUCUUAAAGCAUAUUGGCCACCCAAACCUCACCUUUGAACACCUCAACACACUGAUGGCAAGCUUACCAGGCAAGAAGGUGGGAAAAGAAGAUAUUGAGCGCACAAUGAAACUCUGUCAACCUACAGAGCAAGUUCUGAAGCUUCUCAAUCUGUGGAGGAUAAAGAAUGGUGACCAAGACACCAUUAAAGGUUUAAUGUAUGGACUGAAGCACUUGAAAACGUACCACUUUCCAAAACGCACCAUCCAAAGCCUGAAGAAAGUGAUUAAGUUUCUUCACAGAUUUACAAUGCACAGAUUAUACCAGAAACUCCUUUUAGAAAUCAUAGGGAGCCAAACUAAAUCAGUGAAAGUAAGAUGUGUCUAAUUCAAGAUCUUCUUCAUUCUCCACUGACUAUUUUUCCCUAAUUACUGCCAGCAGUAAUUAAACUGGAACAUUGUUUCCCUACAUUAUGUCUUACUAUUUAUAGAAAUGCCUGACUGGAAUAGCUCUAAGACUUUUGCAGUGUUUUUGGAGUUUGGUUUGUUGUUUUGGGUUGUUUUUUUUAAUAAAAUCACUUUUCUAAAAGCUAUUAACCUGUUGAUAACACUAAGAGUCUGACUCUGCAUUUUUGCACAAAGUUGAAAAGCCCCACUAGAUGAGGAAAGAAUGCUGGCCCAGGCUCUACUACAGUAUUUGCUAUUUAUAUUCUUUGAGAAAUAAACAUUUUUGUUGUACAUA